AUGGAGCUGGAGCUACCUAAACGAUUGUAUGCAGAGGGUUCAGAACCUCGGGUUAAGAAGAUCAAUAACAGUUGCCGCAUUGAACUUAUCAGAGAUCUGAAGAAAGCUAUGUGUGCAGAGUACGAUGAUGUGAAGAGAGAUCUUGUUUUCACACAUAUCAUGGCUAUUGCCGAAAAUGAUCUCAAGUUCUCCGGGAAACUAGUGGAUAGCUUCAUAUGUAGGCAGCUGAUUACCUCAAAGCUGCAUGAGAAGUGGUUUGUUUUUGCGAGGACGCCUCUCCGGUUUUCGCUUCAGGAGUACCAUGUUGUGACAGGCCUCAAGAUUACACGGGAAACCAACAGUGACGUAGUGAAAUGGAAAAACGACGGGGGUUUUUGCAGUAACCUACUGCACACAGGUGGUAAGAUCACCUUGCAGUCGAUCAGAAAGGUUCAUCUACAAGAAGUUCACACCUGGACUCGGCUUGAUAGGAUGAGGUUGAUCUACUUGUGUGUAAUAGUGGGUGUGGUGAUGGGGAGAGAUGAGAAGGUGUCCAUCCCUCAUAUGUACAUCAAGUUGGUGAUGGAUUUUGACAAGGUUCGGAAGUUCCAUUGGGGUCUUCACUCGUAUGAUUUCCUGCUGAUUUCGAUUGAGAAGGCUAGGAAGAUGUUGGGUAAGAAGGAGAGCUACAUUUUCGAGGGUUUCUCCUAUGCUCUCCAGAUUUGGAUUAUGGAGGCAAUUCCUGAUUUUGGAGAAAUAUUAGGCAGAAGAGUCUCAGAGAGCUUCAAAGGUCCAAGGUGUGGCAAUUGGAAAGGAGUUGCAAAAGUUUCUUACGAAGACAUCAUUGAGCUCGAGGACUCCUUAACUAAGAAGGAUAACUUGAACAACUAUGAUUGGAGCAGCACAGACUGGCCUGUUUUAGACCCUGAAGAAACUAAAAUGGAGGAACCCGACUGCCAUGAUAGAGGGUCAGAAGCUGAUAAGAGCGUGGAUCAUAUGGAUGUUGUAGCAGACGAGGAGACCUCUUCGGUUAAGGUUGCAGAAAAAGGCAAGAGAAAGUUUCUUGAUGAAGGAGCAGAGACAAGAAAGAAGAAGGUGAUGUGUAAGCAAUCAGCAGAAAAGUAUCUGACUUUUGGUCCUAAAACUAAGAGUUUCAUUGAGGGUCUUAUCCGCACAUCUGUCACUUCAUUGGGAGAUGUGCUCAGUAUGCAAAUGGUGAAUAUGGAGAGGGUGUUUACAGAGAGGAUGGGGAAGAUGGAGAUUGAGGUUUCACAGCUCAGGGACGCAAUCAGUUUGACUGGUGAAGGAAGCUAUCCUAGCAAGAAAGAAGCUGAAGAAGCUCCACUAAACAGCAAAGACAAGUCAAUCUCCAUCUCGCAAACCUUAUUCCGCUUAUUGUCAAGGCAGUUCAGCCUAUGA